AUGGCGAUCCAUCGGCCCCUUGAUCCCGUCGACCCCUCGACGGCGGGCGCCGCCAGGACGGCCAGCGCCGCCGCGCGCUUCCCCAGCUUGGCCUCGCGGUCGCCGCCGGGCUCGCGGGGGCAGGCCCCGCUACCGCUGCCGGAGCGAGGAGGAGCCGCGUGGCAUGCGGAGAGCAGCGCUUGGCCCCCGCCGCUCGGUGAGCCGCACGCCUUUUCAGGGGCGCUCUCUCAGGACAGCUGGCGGCCCCGCUGGUCCGCCAAAGACCCCCCCGCGCGCGGUGGCUGGGCGGCCGCGCUGGAGGACGAGAACCGCUCCCUGCGCGAGGAGAUCGGCCGCAUGCAGUCGGCCACGGUGGACUCGUUCCACCGGCGACCGAUGGCCGCCAUGGCUGGAGGUGGCUUCCGCGGGCCCUGCAAGGUGACCCGCAAGUGCAUGUGCGAGGAGCUCCAGGCGAGGCUCGCGAAGGCGCAGGCCCUCCUCAGCGAGUCGCGGCGGCGAUCCUCGAGGGAUCCGCCCGCCGUCGCCAGGGAGCUCUCCGACCCUCCGCUGCCGCCGGACCCGCCAGCCGCACCAGGCGGCGCGGCCGCCGCGGCCGAGGCGACGGAGACGCGAGAUGCCGCGGUCCAG